AAUCCACUCAUCCUCUUUUUUUUUACCUCUAAUCCACCUGAACAUAUACAAAUCAUGACUAUUCAAGCAACUUCUUCAAUGGCUCCAUCGUCUCCGGUGGCCACACCACGAUCACCGUGGCACUCACCGGUGCCGUACCUCUUUGGGGGCCUUGCUACCAUUUUGGGUCUCAUUGUUUUUGCUCUCUUGAUCCUCGCUUGCUCCUACCGGAACAUCUCCCCAAACGAUGAAGGAGACCUUGAGUCAGGAAACCGAAAUGAAACCAAAGACUCCAAACCCGUUAAACAAAAAGAGACUCCUGUGUUCGAAGAGAAGUAUCUCGUAAUCAUGGCUGGACAAGUGAACCCAACGUUUUUGGCAACUCCCAUUUCUAGCCCAGCGUCGUCUUUUGGUAGUUGUAGUUGUGGGAGUAACUCGACUGGCGAGGGACACGUCUUCCAUGCCCGACGAGGAGAGUUGUGAUCAGCUACAAAUAUCGAAUAUGGAGAACCAUGAGACUACACAUCAACUCCCUUAGUGUUUUUGAUUACAUAAGUUUUGUUUCUUUUCCGUAUGAAUCCUUGUAGACUAGAAAUGAUCGAAGAUUAAGCACCCGAGAUUGCGGAUGCAUAGGAGAUAGCGUACGGGCACUUGUAUAUGAUCAUAGAGAGUACCAACUCAACUUUUUUGGCAAAUAAAUGAAAAGUUUUCCAACUUUUCAGCGUACUAUAUGACGUUAUAAUA